AUGCCUGAAGCAAAGCGCAAGCUCGAUAUCCAGCCCUCCUCCCAAUUGAAACCACCUGCACAGAAUGGGCAACGCAAAGGGUUUGGCUCAAGUCAACCACAGAAGAGUCAGUUCGAGGAGGAAGUUCUUGAGAAAUUGACACAGGACAUUGGAGAUUUGAAAGGAAACAAUGCGGAGAAGGACCAGCAGUGGGAACGGCCGCCUCUCGGCGAUUUUGACCCGACCAAGGAGAAUAUCUGUUUCCAGCAGAUUGAUGCUGAAGAGGGUCGGUUUGGAGCGGACAAGAUGGCGGUUCGCCUCUUUGGUGUCACUGAGCUCGGUCAAUCAGUCAUGCUGCAUGUGACUGGCUUCCAACACUAUCUCUACAUCGCUGCUCCGGUGGGCUUCACAAAAGAGGACUGCGACCCUUACCGUGCCUUCCUCGAGACCAAACUUGCCCAAAUGGCCCCUGUCAUUCAAUCUGUGGAAGUUACACUACGAGAGAAUAUUUAUGGGUUCCAAGGGAAUCAAAAGAGCUGGUAUCUCAAGAUCACCGUGACAGAUCCGAAGUUCAUCGCCAGGCUGCGAAGCGCGCUUGAAACCGGCAGUGGUUCGAUGAACUACAAAGGCUUAUGGAGCAGUUCCGACUCGGGCAUUCUUACAUUCGACAGCAUUCAGUAUCUGUUGCGAUUCAUGAUCGACACGGGUCUACACGGCAUGUCCUGGGUUGAAGCCAAAGCUGGCAAAUAUCGCCUUCUGCCAGACCACGAAAGGCAAUCCAACUGCCAGAUCGAGGCUAUCAUGGACUAUCGUGACAUGAUCGCACACGCCCCCAACGGUGAAUGGGCCAAGAUGGCCCCACUCCGUAUCCUGUCUUUUGAUAUUGAGUGUGCUGGUCGUCAAGGCAUCUUCCCAGAACCCAACGUGGACCCGGUGAUUCAGAUCGCCAACGUCGUUACUCGGUAUGGAGAGUCGAAGCCUUUCAUUCGAAAUGUAUUCUGCCUUGAUACGUGCAGUCUCAUUGUCAAUACGCAAAUCUUGGAAUUCGAGAAAGAAGAAAGGAUGCUGAUGGCCUGGCGCGACUUCCUGGAGAAGGUCGAUCCUGAUGUCAUCAUCGGCUACAACAUCGCCAACUUCGAUUUCCCAUACCUGCUGGAUCGUGCCAAACAUCUGAAGUGCGGCCAAUUUCCGUAUUGGACCAGAGUGAGGAAUUGUAGGACUGAGGCCAAGGAGGCCAGUUUCUCGAGCAAGCAGAUGGGCAACAGAGAGACCAAAGCGACCAACACAAACGGCAGAAUUCAAUUGGAUUUGCUCCAGCUGGUACAAAGAGAUCACCAAUUGCGAAGCUACACCCUCAAUUCUGUAUCCUAUGAAUUCCUUGGGGAGCAGAAGGAAGAUGUCCAUCACACCAUGAUCACAGAACUUUUCAACGGCACACCCGAUUCUCGACGUCGAUUAGCGGUGUACUGUCUGAAGGACGCCUAUCUACCACAGAGGUUGAUGGACAAGCUGAUGUGUUUGGUCAACUACACAGAGAUGGCAAGAGUCACGGGUGUGCCCUUCAACUACCUCCUUUCCCGAGGACAGCAAGUCAAGUUCAUCAGUCAACUGUUCCGAAAGGCUCUCGAACAACAGCUUGUCAUUCCCAAUUCCAAAUCCCAGGAUGAACAGGAUUACGAAGGUGCUACCGUCAUUGAACCAAAACGUGGUUACUAUGGUGUUCCCAUCGCCACCCUUGAUUUCGCAUCACUGUAUCCGUCCAUUAUCCAGGCACACAACCUCUGCUACACCACCUUGCUCAACAAGAACAGCAUUGAGAAACUUGGUCUCAAAAAGGAUGAAGAUUACAUUGUGACGCCAAACGGAGACAUGUUCUGCACCGCCAAAGUCCGCAAAGGUCUCCUGUCGCAGAUUCUCGAGGAACUGCUGGGUGCAAGAAAGCGUGCGAAGAAGGAGUUGGCAAGCGAGACCGAUCCAUUCAAAAAAGCUGUCCUGAACGGUCGUCAGCUUGCUCUGAAAAUUAGCGCGAACAGUGUCUACGGCCUGACUGGUGCCACGGUCGGCAAGCUGCCCUGUCUUCCGAUUGCCAGUAGUACUACCAGUUACGGUCGUCAAAUGAUCGAGAAGACCAAGGCGGAAGUGGAAGCGCGUUAUACUAUUGCUAAUGGGUACUCUCACGAUGCGCAAGUUAUCUACGGUGAUACCGAUUCGGUCAUGGUCAAAUUCGGCGUUCCUGAGUUGGAAGAGGCCAUGAAACUUGGCGAGGAAGCCGCAGAUUUCGUUUCUUCCAAGUUCAUCAAGCCCAUCAAGCUCGAGUUCGAGAAGGUGUACUUCCCCUAUCUGCUCAUCAACAAGAAGCGUUACGCCGGUCUUUACUGGACCAACACCAAGAAACACGACAAGAUGGACACCAAGGGUAUUGAGACUGUUCGACGUGACAACUGCCUGCUGGUGCAGAAUGUCAUUGAGACUGUCCUGAACAAGAUCCUUAUCGAUCGAGAUAUCGACAGUGCGCAAGACUACGUGAAAUCGACCAUUUCGGAUCUUCUACAGAACAAGGUGGAUAUGUCCAAACUGGUGAUUACGAAGGCCUUGUCGCAGAAGGAAUAUGCUGCCAAACAGGCUCACGUCGAGCUUGCCAAGCGCAUGGCCAAACGUGAUGCUGGAUCCGCCCCAGCUCUGGGAGAUCGUGUGGCCUACGUCAUGAUCAAGGGAGCGGCCAACUCAAAGGGCUACGAGCGUGCCGAGGAUCCCAUCUUCGUACUGGAGAACAACAUUCCAAUCGAUACCAAGUAUUACCUGGAUAACCAGCUUGCCAAUCCACUAGGUCGUAUCUUCGAGCCUAUCCUGGGUGAGAAGAAGGCCAACCAGCUGUUGACCGGUGAACACACACGGUCUAUCUCGGUUGCUGCGCCCAGCUUGGGUGGACUCAUGAAGUUCACCAAGCGUACUCAGACCUGCAUGGGCUGCAAGAAGCCUCUGUCCGGCAAAGAGGAAAUGGCUGGUGCUGUGUGUGAGAACUGCCGCCCUCGCAUCGGCGAGCUGUACACCAAGGCCCUCACCAAGGUGUCUGACCUGGAGGUCCGUUUCGGACGUCUGUGGACCCAGUGCCAGCGAUGCCAGGGCAGUCUUCACUGCGAAGUCAUUUGCUCAUCACGCGAUUGCCCCAUCUUCUACAUGCGCAUGAAGGCAAAGAAGGACGUGGAGGACUCCCAGAAGGAGCUGGCUCGAUUUGACUUCGAUGCCGGUGCCUGGUGA